AUGCGCACACGUGAAUCACCUCCUCUCGGUGCUCAGGUGCCUCUCGAACCCACCCCCUCUCCCUCUGUUUCUCCAAGUCACCCCCCCCCCGCCUUUAUUCUCUCGCUCCUCGCCUUUCCCCUGUGUGUGUCUGUGUGCAGCGGAAGGGGGCCGAGCGUGGAAGAGGCACAGGCAACAGUGGCGCGUGUGCACUUUUGUGUUCAUCCCGAACAACAACAAAACAAUACUUAUUUUCCGUUGUUUGCCGGUGAUUUUGUGCGUAGUCGUGUGAACCGCGAAGUAGCUGCCAGCGAUCGAAUGGCGCCUUGCGCGCGCUGCACCAUACAGCAGCGGCCCUGCGCGUUUCUCGCACUGCUUCUAGCCGCUGUCGUGUGCAUCUCUUCCUCCUCCUUCUCGCCGUCGUUGAACCUCCCAGGUGUCCUGCAUGCCGCAGCGCUGCUGCCGUCGCGUGACCUCUUUCUUCUACGCGCUGGCAGCACCUACAACUACACCAUGUACUCCGGCAGCGCGGUGACGGGUGAGUCUCACCUUACCGGCCUCACCACGUACCCCUACGUCUUCUCCGCGGACAUGAACAGUGCCCUUGUAGCCAUGCUCAACGGGUUCCUCUCCUCUGCAAAGUCGAACGUGCGCGCUGUUGGCGGCGGCUUCCACGAGUGCAUCGACAAUAAUUUGGGUAACGUCGACGGAACAACAUGCUUCAAGUCCCUUCUGGCUGCCGCCCCUCCAGCGGACUGUCCAGCCGCGAACAAGCUCUGCUGCCCGCUCUUCUGGCGCGUCGAGAGCCAAGAUCUGCGCACCACCAUGGCCCAAGUCAUCCCGCGGACGCUCUUCUGGAACGGCGCGACGAGCGUGAACGGCUUCUACACGAACUUCUCACAGUCUUACCUGGACGCCAACAGUAACUGCAGCACGCCGCUCUUCAGCAGCACCUCUCUCAUCAAUCUCGCCAUGGACGCGUACGGAGAAUGGCGCUUUGUCGAUCUCGUGACCACCUACACACUGCUCGAGACCGCCACCAACCUCAGCGCGUCGAGUGCAACGCCCAUUUUUGGCGAAAACCCGCAGAACGCCAUCACGAACACGACGAGGUCACAGCAGCCUUUCUACAAGGUCAUCACUGUCUACAUCGCCGGCGGCGUCGAUACCCUGCUGCUGCUGCUUCUCUUUCUCUUCGUUGUUGUUGCAGGACCCUACAGCAUCGGUCGACCAGCAACACGGGUGCGCGAGCUUCAGCUGCUUACUGUGGACCUCGUAUCGCAGUACCGCGAAAAGAGUGCAUGUGCCAUUCUCGACGAACUGAGCAGCUCAGAGGAAUGCAGCGGUUCGCGAAAUAGGUCGCGAGGCAGAAGCAACGGCGAUGGCGGCGGCUAA